AUGGGGAAGAUUACCAAGCCGAUGCAGCAGAAGCACAAGGAGACUUUGUCUCCUUGGCUGAAGAGCUACGUCGAGUCGGCAUCUUCAACCCCUCUACCCCUCUUGCCACAGCACCUCGCCAGCUUUCCAUCGCGAUGGCCGUUCGGACGAGGCGAUCUUUACCACUGGAUACCGCUGCUGAAUCGGUUCGACAGCCUCCUCGAGCACUUUUGUGCAACUUACAAACUGAACGAAGGCCCUCAACCCCGGGAGUUUGGAUGCGAUGUGCUCCUCAACGAGACCAAGGACUCGGUGUUCAGUGACGAGAAACAGUGGUCCAUGGAGGAGCUGGUGGAUCUCGGAUUUCCGGUUGAUGGCGACAGACAGCUCAUCGAACUGGUUCUCAGAUUCACCCGCAUGUUGCUUGAGCACUGUGGUAACAGAAGCAUCUAUGCCAGCAGCACUCACCUUAACGAUCUCCUCCACACCACUUCCUUGACCGUACUCAUCGCCACCCUCGAGGUCGGUUCUGAGCUGGCCCAAAGAUACCAAGCAUCCGUCAAGCGUAUUGGAAACGCCUCCAGGCAGAUUAGCACCGCGCUUCUCGCGAACCACUACAAUAUCGACCUUGACCGCGUCCAGCAACUGGCUUUGCCUUUCGUCAAAACUCCCAUCAUCAGUUUAUCGGAUCCUGUGCCUUCCCACACUCCCGGUUCUGCCAAAGGAAAGGAUAAAGCGCAGGGCAGCAAUUCCAAGACAAUCACAUCGAUGCAUGCGAAUGACCUAGUCGCCCUCGCUUCAUCCGAAGAUAAGCGAUGGAACAGCUGGGGUGACGUCAAGGUCACUUACUAUCCUCAGAAUGCAACCCAGGACUCCACCAUUCCUCUAGACCUGGGCCGAUCAUCAGCACCAUCCACCCCGACGCCUCUCAGACGUAGCUCUACCAUGACUUCACACCAACAUCAGACUCCCAAAUCGCGGAACCACUUUGGAGAGGAUUCGUCUCCUCUUGGCCCUCGCACACCUGCUGUUGCCGACGAAUCUACAGCCCCGGGACCAAAGACGUUUGAGCUAUCUCAGUCAGUGGUUGCCUCCACGCCAGUGUAUGGCCUGGUUUCUAGAUGCCCUGCGGAUCUGCCACCAGCAUCCAAAUACGAGGCUUUUCAUCGACUCAGAGCUGCCAAGGUUCUCAUGGGCUCGCGAGAGGAACGACAACAACUCCUAGCUGUCCGCCUAUUGGCAAUCACCAAUCUGGCCUACAUCCACACGGAGUCGAACUUCAUUGAAAAAGUUCUUCGUCAGGAUGUAGACGAGACCCGCAGAUUCCAGCUGGUGUAUCAACUCGCAGAACUGAUCCACCCCUCAGCUGAUGGCAAGGUUGACGUUCCCAUGUGGCUGCAAGCAGUUGCCCUAGCUUUACUGGAGGCAAUCUCCAACUUUCAUGCCAGAUGCCAGGAUGUUUUAUCUGCUCUCAAUGCAAAUGUCAACCACGGAAUCUUGCUCUACGUCAUUCGCAAAGCUGUUGCCGGUAUGAAGGAGGACAAUGAGAGCGACAAGGGUGACCAAGUCACUGAAACUGAUGAAUGGCGGAAUAACUUGUUCUCGCUCACCCUCCACUUAUCGAUGGCUACCCGCGUCGGCAGCGAGAUGGUUUCCGCGGGACUCAUGGAGAUUCUUGUCGAGAUCCUCAACAUUCGCUCAGCCGUCGCACAACGGAACCAUUCCAUGGUUCUUGCUUUCCUAGAUGGUCUCAUCUGGACAUAUCAGAAUGCAUUUACUGCCUUUUUCAAUGCUAAGGGUUUGGAGGCUGUAGCUCAGUUGGUUGUGGACACCGUCAACGAGGCCCAAACCCUCCAGAAAUCAGGCCAGGGGAUAACGCCAGUGCAGCAAUCCGGUGCGGUCGAUUAUGAGAUACCAUACUACCAACAGCAGACGCUGAAGUGGCUUCUCAAGUUUGUCCAUCACAUCAUGUCCAACUCCUAUAGCUACGGCGGCAAUACAGACCGCCUCCUUCGCAAUCUGGCUGAUAAGUCCGAUCUUCUGGGAAGCUUGCGGGAUAUCAUUGAGGAUAAGAAGAGCUUUGGUUCUGUCGUCUGGACAAACUCCGUUACCAUUCUCAGUGAUUUCAUCAACAACGACCCUACCAGCUUCGCUGCCAUUUCUGAAUCUGGCAUGAUUCGGACUUACCUGGAGGCUAUCACUGGUCGCCCUCUUCCUAAAGAGGUCGUCGAGGAGCAGAAAGCGGCCGACCGAGGUGGUGAUGACCUCGACUAUCCGGAUAACACUACAGCCCCAGUUCUCGACCAGGACACGCGCCUACACCCCCCGACCGAGCAGUCUCUCCAACAUAGAUCUCGAGAGUCCUUGGCCUCUGGAAUUCUCCCUUCAACUGACGCCAUUACUGUGGUACCUCAAGUACUGAACUCGAUUUCCCUGAACAGUGUGGGAAUGAGGAUGGUUGUUGCUUCGAGAGCUUUCGAUAGCUUCUUGGAGAUUUUCGAGAGCCCUACCCAUGUUCGCUGCAUGGAGGUGGAUGCCGAGCUAGCCAACAACGUCGGAGCUAGCUUCGAUGAGCUUGCUCGCCACCAUCCAUCCUUGCGAAUGUCUAUCUCCAACGCCGUGAUCGACCUGGUUGCCCGAGUCCGCUUCCUUGGUAUCGAAAAGGCAAGAGCUGCAGGCUGGGGUGCCAGGCUGCUACUCGUCGACUCAGAUGGGAAGACAAUGUCUGUCGAUGAGAAUGCCGUUGUUACCCCCGUCAGCAAGCCAUCCGACAAGAGCAAGGAGUCUACUGUCCCUGGAGAUACAGACGUCGACAUGUCCGAUGCUCUGGCUUCUGCGCCAACUGAGACCCAGGACGACAACCGAGGAGAUUCACCCAAGCACUCGAUAGUUCCAUACAUUUUCGCUCUGGGAAGUUUCCUUAGUUCUUAUAUCUCGAACUCGACCUUGAAGGGAAACUUUGUGCAGUUCGGAGGCCUCGAUCUUUUGCUUGAUAUUUGUGAAUCCCCCAGCCUUCCGACUGGGUUUGGUGACUCGCAUGCCUCGAGAAUCAUCAGCCAGGUAGUUUCGCAGCUUAUCGAACACUCGCCAAUUCGUGGAUUGCCCUCUCUCCUUCAACGUGCUCAGUCGGCCAUCGACACACUGCACCCUUUGGCAACGAAAACGGAUGCCGUGCCACCCUACUUUGCGCCUAUUCUAGCUGCAGACCCGGGCCUGAUCUCUAACGAUCAAGAUCUCUCUGAAGUCACUAGGAAUGGCACAAAGAUCAUCAAGGCCCUUCUGAAUGCCCAGACAUUUAUCAAGAUCAUCUCCGACUGCUUCCCUACUUCCAGGUCAAACUCUCUGCAGUUUUAUCCGAUCAACGUCUACGACUACUACCUACGACUGGUCAAGUCGAUCGGCCCGUUGCUGCGUGGCGUCCUUGCAGAAGAAGCCGGAGAACUGACUGUCGUUCCUCAACAUUGGUCGUUUAGGCGCCAUGCUCCAUUGGGCGAAGGGACUACAAGCAGCAGCAACCCUGAGCCGGAGGCUGAUGACAGUGCUUCACUCCCCGAUAUGCUCAACAACUCCGGGAAUUGGCAGACAAAGAGUGGAGCAGAUGAACCGGGACCUAGCCGCCCGACGGAAGAAGAACAGGCUAGUGCUCGGUUCCAGAACUAUGAGACGCUUCGAGUUCUCCUCCACCCAAUGAUUCCAACCACAUUCCCUCUGUUCCAGACAUUGGGAAAGGCAUUACUGCCUCGCCGCGAGCGAGAUCCCCGAGACCAGUAUCCUAGGCCUCGCCACCUGGAAAUUGCCCGGGCUCUUGCCGACACCGUUUUGAACCAACUUGGCCCGUCUGUGGCAAGCCCCGAGCCAACUUCCAAAGACAUACAUUUCUGGAUCAUCAUGCUCCAUACCAUCACCGAGAUGCUGAUUGAUCAUCCCGCUGCCCGCUCGAGUGACCGCUCGAAUGUCCAGAUUAUCAUGCCUGUGCUCCUUGCGUUCAAGGAGGAGGGUGGUAUGGAUGUUCUGAAUUCGAUGCUCAAGGUCUUCUCCCAGGCAGUUACCCAGAGUUCAGACACCACCUCUGAGGAGUCUUCCAAGUCCAAGGUGGCUGCAUUCGGCCUCAAAAAGAUCCUGGAUUUGUAUCUGACCCUCGUCAAUGGAAAAUAUCUCUCCGACACCAGCAACCACUUUACCUUGCAACCUCGUACUGCAGACAGGUCGCAGACACCUCAACUGUACCAGCAAUUGGUUGUUGAGUUUCGAGCGGCGGUCCUACCUGAAAUCAUUCAGUUGUGGGAUUCUAAUUUUGUGGAAAAGGUCCCCCACCAGACUGUGAUUCGAUUACUCGACAUUCUGAAAGUAAUUGCUGCGGGCGACCAUGAAACUCAAUCAUCUCAGAGAGAUAAAAAGCCCUUCCAGCUCUUCAAAUACACCGACGUACGCUUCGACUGGCGCGCCCAUCGGGGUGUUGUGGAGGAUCUCAUAAGCAAGGAGUUUGAAGCGGAUUUGGUCCACGAGGCCGUAUACCGAGCCAAUGGAAACCUCGCAGUCGCUAGAGACUAUUGCAUGUCCCAUAAGGCUGGGGUUGCUGGUCCCCGGAACCCUAUUCCAUCGGAAGAUUCUGAUACGUCUGCCUUGAAUGAGACUGGCAAUGCCGCGAACGAUGCGGAAAACUCGAACCGACCGAGCACGGCUGAGGCAGAUCGAAUGUCUUUGGAUGGGCCCCCGGAACUCGCGCCACCUGAUCUUGCAGACAGGUUUCUGGGAGACGCCCUGGGUGAGAUCAUCGAUCGUUCAUCUCAGGCUACUGACGAGACUCGCGAGACUCCUGGCACGACCGGAGAGUCUCAGCCUAUCGACGCUUCUGCUGCGAAUACUUCGGAGCCAACUUCUGAACAAACCCCAGAAAACCACCUCGUGGCUAAGAAGGAAGAUGUCGACAAGUACCGUGACCAACUGCGGGAGAACAUGAUUGACAGGUGUUUGGACGUUAUUCGGGCACACCCGGAAUCUGCCAUUGAGAUCUCUGAGCUCAUCCAGGUCAUGAUCCUCAGACAACAGAACAGUGAUGCCCACGAGGAGGUUGGGUCGACUCUGACAUUUGCGCUUUCCUCGCUGGCACUGGACGAGGAGGAGAAGAAGCGGAACGGCAAGUGCAUUGCUGCAUACGCUCACCUUCUUGCGCUGCUCCUCCAGGAUCAGAGCUUUUUCGAAAACAACAUGGAAACGCUGAGGGAAAGAAUUGACGAGUAUGUCGGUUUCCUGAAGACAUCACAGACUACGCCCGCCGAAGAGAUGCCCCCCUGGAUUCCAUACAUUUUCCUUGUUGUUGAGACUCUUCUUUGCCAUGAUGAGCGACCCAUUGCUGCGGAAUGGACGGCGCCCAAGUCCUUGGAUGAGCCUGUCGAGGCGCCCGUAGUCGAGAUGCGUACACCCUUGGUUGAUGACGCGCGACGUACCGACAUUCUUGAAUCCCUUCUGGAAUUGCUCCCGCGAGUAGGAAAGGAAGAGACACUGGCCGUCUCAGCGCUGAGAGUCCUGGUGAUUUUGACACGAAACCGGCGGUUGGCUAAGUUGGUUGGCGACAAAAAGAACCUGCAACGAUUGUUUCUUAUGGCAAAACAACUUUCAGGUUCAGGUUCAGAGCGCUUUAAGCACACCAAGCUCUUGGCACACAUCAUGACUAUCCUCCGCCACAUUGUGGAGGACGAGGAAACUAUCAAGCAAAUUAUGCGUGCCGAGAUCAAGGCUAGCUUCCCAGGCCUCCAGCGCAACCAGCGCGGCCAUUCCGAUGUCUCCAACUAUCUGCGAGCGAUGGCGUCGGUCGCUCUUCGAGCCCCUGACUUAUUUGUGGAUGUCACCAACGAAAUGCUCCGGUUCGCAAGAUGGUCCUCCCAAUCAAGCGGCGACGGCUCUCGCUCUCAGCCUUUGGUUUUGAAGGAGCAGAGCAGCGAUCAGGACACCGAAAAAGUUGAUGAGUCAGGACAAGACGCUCAUGACACUUCUGCCGAAGAUAUUAAGCCAUCAACCGAGCCUGUGGACAAGGAAAUGACUGACGCACCCAAGCCACACCACGAGAGUAAGCGACCAGUGGUUGAGAACCCAGACGGUGUCAUCCACUUUCUUCUUUGCGAACUGGUCAACUAUCGCGAAGUCGACGAUAAGGAAGUGCUGGUGGUCGAUAAGGACUCGAAGACAGAGACGGCGUCAACUUCCGAGAACCAGCCUUCAGCUUCGAAAGAUAGCACCGGAGUGGACUCGAAGGACAAGAAACCCCCAAAGCCCGUCUUCAAAGCCGAUGAACACCCCAUAUUUGUCUAUCGGUGCUUCCUGCUGAACUGUUUGGCUGAGCUCCUCCAGAGCUACAACAGAACGAAGAUGGAGUUUAUCAACUUCAAGCGUAGUGCUCCCCUGACAACAAGCACCCCGAUCAAGCCUCGAUCUAGUGUUUUGAACUACUUGAUCUACGACUUGCUAUGCCAGGGCAACCUCAGUGGAACAGUCGACGGAAUUGCGUCAAAGAAGAAGGCUGCAACAUCUGCUCAAGCGCAAAAGGUUUUGGUUGCUUUAGUCGCAAAGACCAGUGAGAAAGCCCUUGACCGCGGAAAAGACAAGUUUGCAUACGACGAUGAACCAGACCUGCUAUUUGUACGCAAAUUUGUCCUCGACACAAUGCUCAAGGCCUACGAGAGGGCACCGAUCUCAGACGAGCCACUUGAGAUUCGAUACUCUCGGAUGCAAUGUCUCGCUGAGUUGAUGAACUACAUGGUUGGCGAGAGAGACAAGGAGCAGAGCUCCAACGGCAGAAGCUCUGAUGGGAUCCAAUCCCGAUCGCACGCACAAUUGCGCAGAUUGAUGUACGAGAAAGGCUAUCUUGACAAACUAACGACCUCGAUUGCAGAGAUCAACCUCAACUACCCCGGAGUGAAGCGCGCUAUUAAGUACAUUCUGCGUGUCCUCCGGGUUCUGACCGAGACCGCCAAAGAGCUGAGCCACUCGAACAUCUUGCCCUCAGACGGCCUCUCUGACAACGGGGACGAUGAUAUUGCCUCUACGUCCUCCCUGUCUGACCUGGAUGACGAUCGGGAAGAAACCCCUGACUUAUAUCGAAACUCCGCCCUCGGCAUGCUCGAACCACGAGGCGAAGAUGAUGAUUCUGAAGAGGAUGAGGAUGAUGACGACGAAGACAUGUACGGAGAUGAAUACGACGACGACGAGAUGGAUUAUGGAGAAGACGAUAUGUCAGAGGACGCCGAAGAUAAUAUCAGCGACGAAGACGAGGAACUUAGCCAAAUGGGAGAGAUCGAGGGCCUUCAUGGCGAGCCUGGCGUCGUUGAGGUCAUCAUGGAUGAUGACGAUGAUGAGGAAGACAGUGAGGACGAAGAUGAUGACGACGAGGUCGACUCCGAGGACAUGGAGGAUGUCGAAGACCAGGUUGAGAUAGUUGACGAAGAUGGCAACCCAAUCGAUGAUGAUGGGAAUUCGGGCUGGGAAAGUGCAAGCCACGACGGAAAUGACGAGGAGGUCGAUGAAGAUGACCUUGACUACGACGCAGACGUCCACCGGCAACAUAUUGAAAUCGGCCCCGGUGACCUCAUUGGUGGUAUGGCUCGGGCUAUCAUGGGAGGUGAGGGUUACGACCCAGAUUUGAUGGAUGGGUUGGAUGACCACUAUCUGGACGAAGGGCAUGAUGAGGAUGAUGACGAGGAUGACGAGGAUGACAUUGAGGAUGAAGAAUACGUCUACGACGACGAUUACCCUCUUGACGAUCAGCCCCCACCAAUGCCAGCACUUGGAUGGGACGGACUCAAUCCCGAGGGUGAUGAGCACCGUCGCCAAUUGUUCAUGCUGGAGAACCAAAACAGGAGACGGCUGCUUACUAGGGUUGACAACCGUAGUCCUUUCCCACCGGGUUUCAUGGUCGGGACUAGCCGAGACACCAUCGGCGACUUCCGCAGCUACUUCUCCCGUACACACCGUACUGGUGGACCGCAGUCAAACUCGGACGAUGGCGCGAACCCGCUUCUUCGACGCACCGAUCAAGGUCGUGACGGCUCUCAACGUAUUAGUGCCAAUCCUCAGAUUGGAUUGAGAAUACCUGAUGGUCUUUUCGGUUCAAGUACAGGUGGCCGACAUGUCAUCGACGGGCCUAUGGGGUUCCUCGGGGAGCUAAUGGAGUUUCUUCCGAUCAUGGGCCGAAAUGGUCAGCAAGCCUUCCACUUGCAGAUCACUGGUCCUGGAGGCAGUCGUGAUGCCAGAGAGUUUGGCACUAUUCGAGGAACCAGGAAUGAGCAAAGACGAGACGGCCCAGCGCAAGAGCCCCAGCACGCAGUUUCAUUCUCCAUCGAGUCUACCUUGGAUCGUUACCAAGAGGAAGCGCGAAUGAUUUUCGGCCCCAGCCAUGUUGCUGAGGCCUCUAAGCUCAAUAACGCUAUCAUGGCCAAGCUCACCCCAGCCGCCAUUGAGCUCGAAAAGAAGGUCAAGGCAGAGGAGGCCGAAACUCAGAAGCGUCUCGAGGAAGAGAGGAAGAAAAUCGAGGAAGAGAGGCGACUGGCCCGAGAGGCUAAAGAAGCCGAAGAAAAGGCUCAGAGAGAGAAGAAGGAAGCUGAAGAGCGUGAGGUUGCGGAGAGGGUUGCUUCUGAGGCUGCCGCCAACAACGCCCAAACUGAAUCCGCUGAGGCACAAGAGGAUAGCACCGCCAUGGAAGGUGUUGAACCAACCGAACCAGCUCGACCAGAACGUUCAGAAGCCGAGACAGUACUGGCAUCUGACGAACCCCGGGUCAUGACUACAAUUAGAGGCGAGGAAGUCGACGUUACUGAGUUGGGUAUUGACCCUGACUACCUCGCUGCGUUACCCGAAGAGUUUAGGGAAGAGGUCAUCGCCCAAACCAUCAGCACAAGGAGAUCCCAGGCACGCGAAGAAGCCACGACUGGUGAAUCAACCGAAGUUUUCCAAGAAUUCCUUGAUGCUCUCCCAGAGGAACUGCGUCUAGAAAUUGCCCAGCAGGAACGUCAAGAGCAGCGCCGCCGGGCUCGCGAGGACCAAAACCGGCAGGUUGUCCCCACGGGUGGUCUGAAUCCAAUUGAACCAGACAUGGAUACAGCAAGCAUUCUCCUGACCUUCCCGCCGGCACUUCGGGAACAAGUCCUCAUGGACCAAGGCGAAGAUAUUAUGGACCAACUCCCACCCGAAAUGGCAGCUCAGGCUCGAGCUCUGACGCAACACAACCAUUCUGUGAUGACAGGGCGAAGCCCACCAGGAGGUGUCACUCGAGUGCCUCCACCAGGACCACCAGGCCAGCCAGCUGGAAACAAGGUUCAGCGUCGAACUGUCGUCCAAAUGCUCGACAAGGCUGGGGUUGCCACAUUGUUGCGCUUGAUGUUCAUUGCUCAGCAAGGGUCCAUCCGCAACUACUUGUUUAGCGUCUUUGCCGACGUGUGCGAGAAUCGUCAAAACCGCCUUGAGGUCAUCAGCACACUACUCCAAAUCCUACAGGAUGGUAGUACUGACAUGAGUGCUGUUGAGCGAAGCUUCGGCCAGCUCUCGCUGAAGGCCAGAAGACCAAAGGAUAAGGACAGAGAUGCAGAUCAGAAGACGCCACAGACUCUCAAGAGGAGCAUGACGACUUUGGCGACCACUAGCAGCACGACACAGACAAACUCGGAAACGUCGCCACUCUUGAUCGUACAACAGUGCCUGGACCUUCUCGUCGACCUGAGCACAAAGAACCCGCACAUUCCCUGGCUAUUCUUGACUGAACACGAGAUUGUUGGCUCAACUCUUAAGCGGUCACUUGGCCGCAAAGGAAAGGGCAAGGACUCCAAGGCCCACAAGUACGCAAUCAACUCACUACUGUCUCUUCUUGACCGUGACUUGGUUAUGGAAAGCUCGGUGGUCAUGACCCAUCUUGCGGACUUGUUGAACCGUGUGACUCUGCCUCUUCAAAAUCUCGAGCGACGCCGCAAGGAUGCGGAUGGAGCGGAGGAGGAGAACAAGCCAGCUGAACCCCCUGCAGACCAGUCAGUCGGCACCAACCCGACAUCGGGUGGCGCCAACAACGAACUGGCUACUGUCGAAGCCGAGCAAUCGGAGAAUGCAGCAGGGGAUGAGAACGCUAAAGAGGAAGAGAAGAAGGAAGCUUCCCCGAAAAAGGUUCGCCAAUUGCAGCCGCCGGUCAUUCCGGCUCAGAAUCUUACUUUGGCGGUGAGGAUCUUCGUGGCUCGGGAAUGUAGCUCCAAGACGUUCCAGAACACCAUUUCAACCAUCAAGAACCUUUCCGCAAUCCCUGGGGCCAAGGCUACAUUCGGCCAAGAGCUUGUUCAUCAAGCUCGCCUUCUCAGCGAGAACAUUGUCUCAGACUUGGACGAACUCCUGCCGCACAUUGAGAAGGCCUCAUCGGGCACCGAGAUUCAAGGCGUUGCUCUGGCAAAAUUCUCGCCUGGAGCAUCUGAGCAGAAUAAACUCCUCCGCGUCUUGACAGCUCUGGACCAUCUGUUCGACAACAAGAAGAAGACCGAGGAGUCCGAGUCUGAUAAGAGCAAGGAUGAGAGAGCAGACCUGGUUACGUCGUUGUAUCACAACUCGACCUUCUCAGCCAUGUGGGAGAAGUUGAGCGCUUGCCUGAGCGCUAUCCGAAAGCGAGAAAACAUGCUCAACGUAGCAACCAUUCUCCUCCCCCUUAUCGAGUCGAUGAUGGUGGUUUGCAAGAACACGACAACCGGCGACAAUCCUUCACAGAGCAAGGAGAUGGUUCUCUCUAGCCCUGCGCCCGAGUCGCGUACCGCUAGCCUCUUCUUCAAUUUCACUGAGGACCAUCGGCGCAUCCUCAACGAGCUGGUGCGAAACAAUCCCAAGCUUAUGUCAGGUACCUUUGCUUUGUUGGUCAAGAACCCCAAGGUCCUAGAGUUUGACAACAAGCGCAAUUACUUCAACCGGAGCGUCCACUCGCGAUCAGGAAACAGCCAGAACCGACCGUCGUACGCACCACUUCAACUCUCUGUUCGUCGCGAGCACGUCUUCCAUGACUCUUUCAAGUCCCUCUACUUCAAGUCGGGCGAUGAGAUGAAGUUCGGAAAGCUCAACAUUCGGUUCCACGGCGAGGAAGGUGUUGACGCUGGCGGUGUUACUCGGGAGUGGUUCCAGGUUCUCUCCCGACAGAUGUUUGAUGCCAACUACGUCUUAUUCACACCAGUUUCCUCGGAUCGUACCACCUUUCACCCGAACAAGCUCAGCGGUAUCAACGAUGAGCAUUUGAUGUUCUUCAAGUUCAUUGGGCGCAUCAUUGGCAAGGCCCUGUACGAGGGCCGAGUACUCGACUGCUACUUCAGCCGUGCUGUCUACAAGCGUAUCCUCGGAAAGUCAGUCUCCGUCAAAGACAUGGAAUCGUUUGACCCCGACUACUACAAGUCCCUUUGCUGGAUGCUCGAGAACGACAUCACGGACAUUAUUACGGAGACUUUCUCUGUCGAGGAUGAUGAGUUCGGCGUCACCAAUGUCGUCGAUUUGAUUCCCAAUGGACGAGAGGUUGCUGUGACUGAAGAGAACAAGCACGACUAUGUCCGCCUUGUGGUCGAGCACAAGUUGCUGUCUUCUGUUAAGGAGCAGAUGGAGAGCUUCCUGCGAGGCUUCCAUGAGAUCAUCCCCGCAGAAUUGAUUGCUAUCUUUAACGAGCAGGAAUUGGAGCUGCUCAUCUCGGGUCUUCCUGAUAUUGACGUUGACGAUUGGAAGAGCAAUACGGAGUACCACAACUAUAACCCAUCGUCUCAGCAGAUUCAAUGGUUCUGGCGGGCACUCCGAUCAUUUGACAAGGAGGAACGCGCCAAGCUGCUGCAGUUCGUCACUGGAACCAGCAAGGUUCCUCUUAAUGGCUUCAAGGAGCUAGAGGGUAUGAACGGUGUUAAUCGAUUCAACAUCCACCGCGACUAUGGAAACAAGGACCGACUACCCUCUUCACACACCUGCUUCAACCAACUUGACCUUCCUGAGUAUGAGAGCUACGAUGCCCUUCGCUCUCAAAUCAUGAAAGCCAUCACUGCAGGAAGCGAGUAUUUUGGCUUUGCUUAA